AUUCAAGUUGUCAGUAUUGUCGUAGAAACUAUUAUCGUUGCACAACUACACAUUAUAUUUUAGUACGAUAUGGUAAGUCAACAUUACGUGGAAUAUAAAGUUGCGGUAUACUGAGUUUCAAACACGAACGUAAUGUACAUUCACUAAAUAAUAUAAAACUCAAGUGAUUACAAAAAACAAUUGCGCUUUGAACACACCUGGAGUAGUAGAAAUAAGCGGAGUACUGCCCAAUUUCAUCCAGUUGAAAGUUGACGAGGUGAAAGUUUGUUUCGAAUCAAGUAUGACUGAUUCAAGCAGGUCUUGACAGAAUGGAAGAUGUUCUACACAAUAUUGCAGAGAAUUCAUCACAUAGUCCAACAUUGGAUGAUAUUGGAUAUCAACCCUACGUCCUCAGUCAAAAUGACAUAAAUAGCAAUUCGAUUAUGAAUGUUGGUGCUAAUCAUACUCUGGAUGUAAGCAAUACGACGUUCAAUGAUACUAAUCGAACCAUUUACACAAUCCCAACUGUGGAUCUACAACAUGCAUUGUGCAGUGGAUUGCCCCUGGGUAUCUUAAUACUCAUGACCGUAGGGGGAAAUGUUUUAGUAUUACUUGCAGUGUUCGUAAAUUCACACCUUCGGAGUACAACUAAUUAUUUUAUAGUCAACCUAGCAAUUGCAGACUUGUUGCUUGGAUUAACCGUAUUGCCGUUCUCCGCUAGUUUAGAAGUUAUUAAAGCGUGGGUAUUUGGUAGGAUAUUUUGUGAUAUUUGGGCAGCUAUUGACGUAAUGUGCUGCACGGCGUCCAUUAUGACCUUAUGUGUCAUCAGUAUUGACCGUUACAUCGGCGUCACGAGGCCGCUCCAACACUCCACUAUUAUAACGGAGAAACGUGCCCUUAUGAUCGUAGUCCUGGUGUGGAUUCUGGCGGCAGUUAUAUCAAUUGCACCAUUAGCUGGUUGGAAGGAACCCCCGCCAGAAAACCCUUACGACUGUGGGGUUACCAAACAGAUUGGUUACGUUAUAUUUUCCGUAUCAGGCUCAUUCUAUAUCCCUUUAUUUAUAAUUAUAUCAGUGUACUUAAAAAUCUACAGAGAAGCUUUAAUCCAAUCAAAAUUCCUUAAAACAGGAGUGAAAACUCAGAGAAAUGAAGAGUUCAACAGUGAGAUUACAUUACGGAUUCACUCUGGUGGGUAUCAAGUAGCGAACACUGCCAAGAGGAAUAACAACAACAGACAGAAUCAUUCAUUUCAGAGCAGUAGCUCCAGUUCAGAGGGAUCCAAUAGAAAACAUUAUUCCAGAAAUACUGUAGCCGGCAAGGAGGCCAAGUUUAAAAGAGAGAAGAAAGCAGCCAAGACAUUGGGCAUUGUCGUUGGUGUUUUCAUCAUGUGCUGGUUCCCAUUUUUCUUUGUAUUGCCGCUGAGUUCUCUCUGUCAAGGUGCCUGCGAGAUCCCCGAUUGGUUAUUCAAGAUCAUAUUCUGGCUAGGCUAUUGCAAUAGCAUGUGUAACCCGAUCAUCUACGCCGCCUCGAGCCGGGAAUUCAAGCGGGCGUUCAUCCGUAUCUUACACUGCCAGUUCCGGCGUCGUCCCAGACUUCUCGUCCAAGAUAUGGAUUUCAAUUCGAGCAGUUCGACUGGGGCGACAUCUAACAGUACUAUGAUGAGAUUUGAGACAAUACGGAGAUUAACUCUUAAUUUUAAGAGCAGGCGAGGUAAUACCUUUUCCGCGACAAUAAAAACGCCUACCUCGAGAAAUAAAAUCAACAAACAGAAAAGAUAUUCCUCUAACCGCCACGGUAGCACUCGCCGUAUAGAAUUAGAAUCGCCGUUAGCUUCUCUGAAAUUAUUACAGGAGAAACGCAAAACACAGCCUGGGACAUUUAGCGAUGACGAUUCAGCGGCCAACGAGAUUACAACGGACGAUGAAAGAUCAGAGGUAUCGCUCGAUGUUAGUGCAAGCGCCUCUCUCGAUCUUCCUAGACGGAAUCCCCAUGUCCCUAAAUCAAAACAUUCGUACGGUACCAUGCAAUCGGGUUCUUUUCAUGAGAACUCAACCAUGGAGCAAUCUGACUUGAACGCAGAUAAAAUAGUUUAUCACGAGGAUAUAGUCCCCGCUGCUGGUGGUGGGGGAGCGACCAUUGGAGUUGACAUAAAACCAUGUAAACAAAAUGAUCCCUCAAAACUUGGUCCCAAUAAUGCGAAACGUCCACAGAUUGUUAUUUAUAAAGCCGAUCAAACUGGUGUUAAUUGGCUAUAACCCAACAGUAUAUAAUAUAUAACAUUUGGUGGAUUCGAUUGAAAGAAACCUUUUGCGAUUAUUUGGAUAACAGCAUUCAGAAUCUAACAGAACACAUUAAGGAAAAUGUAAAACUGAAUUGGUAAAUCGCCCAAGUUUAUUUCAAUCAAAUCCCCAAAUUAUUAAAUUGUUUUGCAUAGGCCCAAAAAUGUUGCGAGAAGAGUUCUAUGUUUUAUGUUUUCAAUAAAU